AUGACACAAUAUGAUGAUGGCUUUGGGUACCAUCUCCACCAGCAUUAUCACCAAAAUCUGAUUCUGAUUGACCUCUCGGUUGCUUGUUCUAUAGCCGUCUUGCCAUUUAUGGAAGCGAAAGAAUUUAUUGAGCUCUUUGAUUCGUGCUGGUUUGAGAUGGAAAUUUUCAAGAAACAAUCACGUUUAUUAAAAUCAUCAGGUGUUGAUGCCAACCCAGAUCAACAAAAUCAGAAAGAAGCACCAAAACCAGAGAUUUACACAGUGCCAACAAUCAUUUCAAGGUCUAUGAGUGAUCAAUUGUGGCCUAAAGCAAGCUUUGGUUCUGGUUUUUCUCUCUCUCCGGACUCAGUCCUCCCCAAGCCAAAGCUCGAAACCAAUCUUUCAAGCAAGGAAAUUACAGAAGAAGAGGGAGAAAAUUCUGUGCCAAUACAAACACAGAAACUAUAUGUCCGAGAAUCACCUAUAAGUAAGACGAGAAGCAGGAGAAGAGGGAAGAAAACUUUGAACAAGAGUUUGUCAGAAUUGGAAUUUGAAGAGCUUAAAGGGUUUAUGGAUUUGGGUUUUCUGUUUUCUGAGGAAGACAAGGAUUCAAGUUUGGUUUCAAUAAUUCCAGGGUUACAAAGACUGGGAAAGAAAGAUGGAGCAGAAGAGAGUCGAGUUGAUGAGGCCACAGUUUCAAGGCCUUAUCUUUCUGAAGCAUGGAGUGGCCUGGAAAGGAGAAAGAAAGAGGAUUCUCUGAUGAAUUGGAGAAUUCCUGCUUUGAGUAAUGAGAUGGACAUGAAAGAUAAUCUUAAAUGGUGGGCUCAUACUGUUGCGUCUACUGUUAGAUAA